AUUCUACUCUUAUAUGGAAAUGGAGGGCUAAGCUGGGCAAAAGACAGAUUGACGAGUGCGUGUUCAUUUUUGGCUCAGUUUUAUCUGUUUAUUCCCUCUUCGAUACCUUUUACUGAAAGUGAUGAUCUUUAUAUAAUGUUUCUUGUUGCUCACAUGUUCAUUUUGUUUUGCUCCCUAAGGUGUUUUUUAGGACUGCAAGUCUUUAAGUUCAUCAUUGUUAGUGAAAAAACAACAAAAUGAUUACUGCCUCAGUUGCCAGCCUAGCUCAUUACUUAUUACUGCUAAUAUUGUUAUUAGCUAAGUGGUUGUUCCCUAAUAAGGCCUAUGUUCAUUGCAUUUGCAGAUUUUGUUGUGAUAUGUUCAUGGUUCCCAACAUAAGCAUUGAGCUGUUGAGAUAUAUGCUUUGAGUGUGGAAUUUGUUUUUGUUGAGUUCAUGAAUUCUACAUUUUAUGCUAGGAUUGGCUUUGUUGAAGUGUUGAAGCACUAAUAGUACUUGUUCCAAGGCAAGUAGUACUUUACUUUUCCCUAACUAGUUGCAGUUGACUUAGUUUAAGAUUAUUCUGCAGAUUGUAAGCCUAAAAAAUAUUAAAAUAUAAAGUUAUGCAGCAAAUAAUGGAGGCACAUAAUUUGUUCAUUCUCCACUAAGCACUUUAAAUCUCUUAUUAUAUUGAGAAAAUUGCAGACUACAAAAAGGCACCUUUUAAAUUAUUAAAAAGGAAGGCCAAGAUCAUACUGAGAUCAUCCUUCAGUUAGGAAGUUUCUUUGUGAUGCCCUCAUCUUCGAUCCUCAGUUUUGUUCUAAUAUUACGGCCUCAGUAGCAUAACACAGGUUCAAUGCAUAUGGAGAUUUUCUUCUGAUUUGAUUCCAUCGUACAUGAUUAAUGUUCAGCCCCGUAAUAACUACUGCUUUCCCUUGCAACCUUUUUGUACUUAACGAUGUCUUGUAGUGAUUGCAUGGAUGAUGUUUGCCUAGCUACAGGUGUCGAGUGAAGACGUAUGUGGGAUAGAUAAGUGCAUAGUCUAGGUGCAUAACCACACAGAUGCAUAUAUAACUCUAGCCAUAUCCUGUGCACACUAAUCUGUUGCUAAUGUCACAAGAUUUGCACACUAGCCAUAUCCCCUGUGUCUCUUCCUCUCUUACACCGGGGACAUGUAAACGAUAUUUGCGGUAGUUAACGAAAACAAUUACCUUGAUCUAGGGAACUUAUUGUCAAUCUAGCUGCUGUUUGGGGGAUAAGAAACAAAGAUAAUUUAUGGUCUUGUAUCAAGGACCCUGUCAUCUGACUAGAAGGUGAUACGGAAACUUCUAAUUCUGGGAACGGGAAACUGUAACAAAGGUUACUAUCUAGUUUUCAUGGCACUACAAAAGAAAAAUACUUUUAUGUUGCAUUCAAAAUUAUUCAGUUCUUAAGAUGCAUCAACAAAACAACCUGUUGUUUGAGUAAAAUGAUCUGAAGUACAUGGAGCACUCAUAUACUUGACUCCCCACUCAAACAAUUUUCUGAGUCCAAGAAUUAUGAUGUGUUCGUAUCCUACUGCUGUCCUAUGCUGCUGACUUGAUCACUGUCACCAGGAUGUGUAUCAAACAUAGCUGUAAUGACUAAUGGAAGUACCACAUUGGACAUAGCUCCAUCCCGCUGCAUGGAAAGUGAAAUCAGACAAGUCUCCUAGAAGUCCAAACUUUAAGCCUAUUGUAGAGCAUUUCAUAAAUGUACUACUACCAGGCGUUAACAUCUGUCAAAAAUAAUUUGAAUUAGUCGGAACUGAGAACUCCAUGCCAGUGCACGUAAAGUGGAAUCAGACAAGUCUCCUAGAAGUCCAAACUUUAAGCCUAUUGUAGAGCAUUUCAUAAAUGCAGUACUACCAGGCGUUAACAUCUGUCAAGAAUAAUUUGAAUUAGUCACAGCUCCAUGCCAUUGCACGGAAAGUGGAACCAGACAAGUUUCAUAGAAGUCUGAGUUUUACCCCUAGCUUCGUCGUUUGUGUAGAGCAUUUCCUAAUUGCCGAGUUACCAGGUUUUAACACCUGUUACUGGUAAGCUUAAUCACUUCUACUCUAUGCAUCAAGGUGACCUUCCUGGAAGUUUCCCUCCAAGCAUUGGUAGGAUAUCUUUUGGAGUCCCUUUCUUGGAGUCACUAAACAACCUUUCAUCUGCCUUUGUUGCAUGGAUGGAUGGAUGCCCACUUGAUCUUGUCUGGUUUUACCACUGUAAUUCUCUGGGGUGGUCAUGGCCAUUGCAUACUUUAAGCCUUUUGCUAGCUCCUAAGCUCCAAGCAAGUAGAAUAAUGAGUAGGAUAAGUUUAGGGUCAGAAGUGUGCCUCCUAGUGCGUAAACAAACUGCCUGCAUGUGGGGGGUAUGAUGUCCUUUUGAUAUGGCAUAUCAUCCCUUGUGUGCCUCUAUAUAAAGGCCCCCCAACUCAACACCCCUCUCAUCUCAUACCACACUAGCCACCAGUCCACAAGCUGUCUGUCUAGCUGCACUCCUCCUCUCUUUGCCUUGCACCAAGCUUCCCGAGCAUACCAUGAAGAUUGGCGGCCAGGGGAAGCUCAACAGGGCUUUCAGGGAGAAGAGGGCUAGGUUCUACAUCUUCCGCCGCUGCGUCGUCAUGUUGCUCCGAUGGAGCGACUGAUGGGUCUCUCCAUGACGGAUCUUGUUUUUUCCUUCCAUUCUAGGAUUUUUUUUUGGCACUGCCAUUUUUCAGGGUUAGAGUAGUUUAGGUGUAGUUGCUCUGUAUAGGCUAGACUUCAUUGUUUGAGGUCCUUUUUUCUCUCCAUGGUUGCCUGCUGUCACAGGCAAAGGGGGAGAGAUCCAACUCAGUAGUCUGAGACUGUCAUCUUCUUGUACGACUGGAGAAAGAUUGAUGUGAAGAUCAUUUCUUACCUGUGCUUCAACUUGAUGUUAUACUGUUGAUGAUAA